AUGGUCGUGGUGGUCGCUCACUUGCUUGCAGGUGAGACUGCGCCUAGCGUCCACUUGCUGGCACUCAACUCUCACCUGUGGCUCUACGUAGCUGGGCUCUGCUCAGCGGCCACACCCCGGGCAACCGUCUCGACCGGCGGGCUAAACCAGGUGAGGGGGCCCAGUGCGCUGUGCCGUGUGCACAGGGUUUGCGGAUUCCGCUGGAUGGAAGGUCGUAUGGAACCUUGCGUCGGCACCGUCGUGACGUGGUUCAUCUAUGCACGCCGCUGGACAGCCGGUGACGGGAUGGAUCUCCACAUCGACACCGCCUUGACGCGCCCACCCUCGCCGACGGAGACCGCGGCUUACGGCGAAUUCGAGUUGCUCUCCACUACAACCCGAAGUCGUGGUCCCAUAGUGGAGUUCGGUCGUGACACAAGGGCACAUGGCAGCCCUAUUCAGGGAUGGCACUGCCAGCCCCCACGAGGGCAAGGGCCUAGAAAAGGUGGCCUAAACAUUGCUGGGUACCACGCCGUCUCCAGGCUGGCCAGGGCCGCAGACGUCUAAACAUGGUCGAAAAAAUCAAAAUCGAAACAACAACAAUGCCAAUAACAACAACAACCAUACUCAUUCUCCUCAUCCUACCUCUUUUUCCUCUAACUCCGUCUAUUCUUCUGCCUAUUCUUCUCCUUCGUCAUCUUCUUCUCCAUCUGCUUCCCGUCGCCCCACUCGUUGUCACCAGGCUGGCAGUGUGAGCGCGCUCGCUCUGGCAGCCUGGAAUGUUAGUUCCCUUUUAGACAAUCCGAGGAGCAACCGACCGGAGCGGAGGACGGCGCUAGUGGCACGAGAACUGGCGCGCUACAAGGUGGACAUCGCCGCACUCAGCGAGACCCGUUUCUCCGAACAAGGCCAACUGGAGGAGGUGGGUGCCGGCUACACCUUCUUCUGGAGCGGUCGACCCAGGGCAGAGCGACGGGACGCGGGCGUCGCCCUCGCCAUUCGGAACGACAUCGUGGGACGACUGCCCUGUUUGCCGCAGGGCAUCAACGAUCGCCUGAUGAGCCUCCGCCUGCCUCCCUGGGGAGGCAAAUUCGCCACCAUCAUCAGCGCCUACGCUCCGACCAUGACCAACCCCGACGCCGUCAGAGACAAAUUCUACGAGGACCUGCACGCGCUCUUGGCGACUGUGUCGAAGGCGGACAAGUUGAUUGUCCUUGGCGACUUCAACGCCCGCGUCGGCACAGACCAUACUGCCUGGAGAGGAGUGCUGGGUCCUCACGGUCUCCGCGGCUUAAACGGCAAUGGUCUGCUGCUUCUCCGCACCUGCGCAGAACACCGCCUCAUGCUGACGAACACGUUCUUCUGUCUGCCGGAGCGAGAGAAGGCCACCUGGAGGCAUCCUCGGUCGCGCCAGUGGCACCUGCUGGACUAUGUCCUCGUCCGGAGGUGA